AUGACUAUCAUGAAAUCUAUCUCAUCCAUGGGCAACGUUGCCUCCACUUCCGCCAUGUCCAAGGGAUCCAUCGCCUCAUCAGGUGGUAUUCAUGUUGGCCAGACUGGAAACAACAAUGCUGGAUUGACCCAGCUGGUCGGUGGAACUGUUCUGGUAGUUGAGGGUGUUGUCAAUGGUGUCCUUUUCUCAGUUCUGGGAUUGGUCGACGGACUCCUUGGUACCAUCCACCUGUAA